AUGGGGAACCUUUUUGACCUUUGUUCCCAGCUCGCGUUCUACAAGAGCUACCACAGCGAUCGCGUUAACGUUCUCAUCCACGCCAUUUUUGUCCCAACAAUCCUGUACUCUUCAUUGGUGAUGUUGUAUGAAAUCAAGACUAUCAACGGCUGGACAGCGGCGCAUUUGAUAGUAGGCAUAUUCUCGAGCUAUUACAUGGUUCUAGAUGCAAAGGCCGGAGCACUGGCCUCAGCAAUAAUGGGGUGCACCACGCAUGGUAUCAGCAACGGCUAUCUACACAUCUCAGUGAAAGCGGCCCUUGCACUAUUUUCAGCUGGCUGGAUAUCGCAAUUUAUAGGCCAUGGUGUUUUCGAGCACCGCAAGCCUGCGUUACUCGAUAACCUGGCACAAAGCUUAAUUACAGCUCCUUUCCUAAUCCUUUUUGAACUCUUGUUCAGGAUGGGGUUUUACAAAGAGCUCCAAGCGGAGCUCAUUAUUCGCGUUAGAGAGCGGCGGUCGCACCUGCAGUGA